GGCAGUCUCUAGACUUGGUAAUGAUUGACAGAACCUGUGUUCUCAUAGGACCUGCUGCUGUACAUUACAGACUGUGUAUGAGGUAUGAGUCAAAGAGUAAGACGAGAACAGGUCUACCCACUUUGAACCAGAUGACCACCUCUGUUUGAAUGCGAGAAAUCGGUAUACAGUACCUGCUGGUAAACGCCUGCAGCCAGCAUGCGACUGAGAUAUCUGUACUUUGUUCUUUGCUGUCAGGUCCUGUGUGUGAGUGGGGAUCCAGACGCUGGAAGCCGCACUUGGGCUAGAUUUUUAAAACUGCCUUAUCCAGAAGACGAAGCGUUUCUUUAUGAUACAUUCCCGGAUGAUUUUAUGUGGUCCGUCGGGACAGCUGCCUACCAGACCGAAGGGGCUUUUCAGAAGGACGGAAAAGGACUCUCUAUAUGGGACACUUUCACAAGCGCAGGUAAUCGGGGUACAGGCGAGGUGGCCAGUGACAGCUACCACAGUGUGCACAGAGAUAUUCAUUUGAUCCAAAAAUUAAAGGUAACACAUUAUAGAUUCUCAAUCUCUUGGCCCAGAAUUUUUCCGAAUGGAACAAUCGGCAGCUAUAACGAAGCAGGGGCGAGUUACUACAUAAACCUGAUUCACAGGUUGAAGAGAAUUGGAGUGGAGCCUGUUGUUACACUUUACCACUGGGACCUGCCAGACACUCUGCAGCGGCUUUAUGGUGGAUGGAGCAAUCCUAUUUUAGUGGACCUUUUUAAGGAGUAUGCAGAGUUUUGCUUUAGGACUUUUGGAGACAAUGUGAAAUUUUGGAUCACUAUUGACAAUCCGUUUGUCGUUGCUUGGCAUGGCUAUGGUACUGGAAUGGUUGCUCCAGGCAUCAAAGGUGACCCGGGGUUGCCAUUCCGAGCUGGUCAUACUCUUAUUAAGGCCCAUGCAGCAGUUUGGCAUCUCUAUGAUAACAAGUUUCGACAAAAACAGGGCGGUAAGGUGUCCAUUGCUCUCGGCUCUCACUGGAUAAGUCCGCGCAAAAAGAGCAAAGAGAAUAUUAAGGCCUGCCAGUGCUCCCUUGACUUCGUCCUGGGCUGGUUCGCUAAGCCUCUGUUUAUUGAUGGAGACUACCCAGCUUGCAUGAAGAAGAACCUCUCCUCUAAUUUACCGUCUUUCACCGAAGCAGAGAAAAGGGAGAUCAGAAACACGACUGAUUUUUUUGCCCUCUCUUUCGGAUCGGUGUUGAGCUUCCAGCUCAUAAACGACAGUCUUAAGUUUGGACAGACAGAGUCUCUUAGCUUGAGGAUGGUGCUGUACUGGAUAAAUGCUGAGUACAACAGUCCCAAAAUCUUCAUUGUGGAGAACGGCUGGUUUGUCAAUGGAAACACAAAAACGGAAGAUGCCAAAAACAUGUAUUAUAUGAAAAGGUUCAUUAUGGAAACUUUAAAAUCAAUUAAGUAUGACAAUGUUUCUGUAAUUGGGUACACCGCCUGGUCCCUGGUAGAUGGGUUUGAGUGGUACAGAGAAUACAAUAUCCGACGGGGCCUGUACUAUGUGGAUUUUCUCAGCCCGGACUUGAGAAGGGAACCAAAGUCCUCUGCCUUCUUUUAUCAGAAACUGAUUGAGAAAAAUGGAUUCCCACUGCUACCAGAAAACGAGCCAAUCACAGGAGUAUUUCCAUGCAACUUCACCUGGGGAACGGCUGCCAACUCAAUACAGGUAGAAACCAUACCCUCACAGUUUAACGACCCUAAUGUUUAUGUCUGGGAUAAGUCCGGGAACAAGAAACCAGAAAAAGUAGAGGGGGUGGUGGUCCCCUUGCGCAAAACCCGUUGCGGGGACUAUGCCUCCAUCAGAUACCAAGUUUCUCGUCUGCACAGAAUGCACAUCACCCAUUUCCAGUUCUCCCUGAACUGGCCCUCUCUCGUUCCAACAGGGAACGUCUCACAGGUGAAAACUACCCUCCUGCUAUAUUACAAGUGCUUCGUUAGUGAACUACAGAGGGCUAACGUGACUCCUGUUGUUACCCUGUGGCACCGUACUGCACAGCACUCCGGGUUGCCGGCUCCUCUGGUUAAAAAUAAAGGAUGGCAGAACACGGACACUGUGCAAGCUUUUGUGGCCUAUGCCAGGCUCUGUUUCAGAGAGCUGGGUGACCAUGUCAAGUACUGGAUCACCCUCAACGAGCCAAACAUUAGAGACGAGCAAAAGACUUUCUUGGAGGGCCACAACCUCUUGAAGGCUCACGCACUGGCUUGGCAUGUCUAUGACGAGGACUUCCGGCGAGCGCAGAAGGGGCAGGUGUCUAUCACCCUGCAUGCAGACUGGGUGGAGCCGGCUUACCCCUUCUCCAGGAACGACGUUGAGCCGGCCAAUAGGGUUCUGGAAUUCCGCAUUGGCUGGUUUGCCGAGCCUAUUUUCGGCAAUGGAGACUAUCCGCAGUUGAUGAGGGAGUGGCUGCAGCAGCGAAACAACUUGGACUUGUAUGACUAUCACCUUCCCCACUUCACCGAAGAGGAGAGGAACCUUGUGCAGGGCACUUACGACUUCUUUGCUCUGAGUCACUACACCACUUCUCUGGUCUUUGAAGAAGUGGAGGAGAAAACCCAGUACAACACCUACCUGGAGGUGCACUUCAUACCUGACACCACCUGGCUGAAAUCCCCCAAGAGAGGUGCAGUGGUACCUUGGGGGCUGCGGAAGGUGCUCAACUGGGUGAAAUCCAGAUAUGGAGACGUGCCCAUCUACAUCAUGUCCAACGGUGUGGAUGAUGAUCAGACUGAGACAGAUGAUAAACUCCGGCUUUACUACAUGGAGAACUACAUCAACGAGGCCUUGAAGGCGUCUGUACUUGAUGGUGUCAACCUCCAAGGGUACUUUGCAUAUGCCUUUGAUGAUCAAAGUGAUCCCGGCUUUGGACUCUAUGGCUACAUCCAUGACGAAUUCUAUAUAAAACUAUCCCUCGGUCAUUACAGGAAAAUUAUUGACAAAAAUGGCUUUCCCAGCCCUACUGCUCCAAAACAGGACUGUACACUGGAACCGUAUAGCUGUCCUGGAUGCUCUCUUUUCUUCACAAAAAAAUCCAUGAUAACUUUUCUAUCUUUUAUUGGUAUUUGUUUUGUGAUCACUGUAGGGUUAGUUAUGUAUUAUUCAAUAAAGCCUGGUAAGAGAUAUCCGUAUUAAAUAUUACAGGUUGAUGUAGACAUUCUUUUUGGAACUAAAUCUAUUUAAUGCACAAGCACAUAAUCACUAUAGCACACAGAGACAUUUGCACUUUGCACCUUGUACUGUAAAUCAGUAAUUACAGUGUGUUUCACAGCAGCUACCUGUUGAGUUCAAUAGGAACUACAUUACUGUAUAUACUGGCUGGGAGAAAGAAAAAUAUGUUCCAUAAGUGUCAGAGCAAAUGUUGUCAAUCCAAUGCUAGGCACUUGUCCUAAAUUAGACUUCUGAAAUCCAGUGAUCAGUUGUAUGUUAAUAGCUAAUUUAAUUUGUAUUUAAAAAUAAGAAAUAUUUUAAAACAGUAUUUUUGUGCCAAAUAGUUGUUGUUGUUUUUUUAAUGUAUAGUUUUACUUGUGUAUAUUGGUGUUGUUUUCGCCAUAUCCCUGGUAUAUGCCAAGAGUAAAUAUAAAGCUGUCUCCCACAACGUGAGACAGCAGUCAUUUGUGCAGUCUAGUAGACAUAAACGCCUGUCAACCUAGUGCCUCAGAUCUCUUGCAACAGCAAGGUACAGCUUUUGUAUUUUACAGAAUACUGCACAAAAAAGAAUAUGGAACAUGAAGCACAGUAUAGUUACACAAAAUGUGUGCUGCAUAUCACAGCUGUUUAUAUUUUUUCCACCCAGUCCAUGGGUAUAAGCAAUAUCCAUUCUGAGUUUCCCAUUCAGAACAGAAGUGGCAGUUCACCCAUCACCUGGGGGAAAAGACACCACCAAUAUAACCGAAGGUCAAGUAUAGAAUCUAUUCAGUCUUGAACAAAGAAGACUAUGCGGCGAUCUGAUUUAAGCAUUCAAAAUUCUAAAAGGUAUAGACAAUGUCGACCCAGGGGACUUUUUUGACCUGAAAAAAGAAACAAGGAUCAGGGGUCACAAAUGGAGAUUAGAUAAAGGGGCAUUCAGAACAGAAAAUAGGAGGCACUUUUUUUACACUUUUUAAUUGUGAGGGUAUGGAACCAACUCCCCAAUAAUGUUGUUGAAGCUGACAUCCUGGGAUCCUUCAAGAAGCUGCUUGAUGAGAUUCUGGGAUCAAUAAGCUACUAACAACCAAACGAGCAAGAUGGGCUGAAUGGCCUCCUCUCGUUUGUAAACUUUCUUAUGUUCUUCUUAUGUUCUAAGAAUGGAAUGCAAACUCAUAUUGCGAUGAGCUGGCUGCUCAGGUUUUGUACUAGAAGGUAACACAGAGAAUCAGGACAAGGAUUUCUGGUACACAGAGCAUAUUUACUUAGGUAGUACAAUGCCUCAGAUCAUGCACAGUUUAGUUCUAUGGUUCCUUUCUACAACAUACAAAGUCCAAUUUUAUUUUAUUAUUUAACCCAUUUCACUGUGGAACUCCUCAAGGUCUCUUCCCAGCUCGCUCUGUAAUUGGGAAAUAACUCAACAGUGCACCUCCCAAUAGGUGGCGCCAAAGAGCCAGCAGUACCAAGGCACAUAUAGAUCAUUUAGACCAGGGGUGUCAAACUCAGUUCCUGGAGGGCCGCAGCGUCUUCUGGCUUUCCUUCCACCCGAGCUCUCAAUUACUUCAUUGGUCUAAUUAUUUGAUUAUUUGAUUGUAUUACAAAUAAAUUAAAUAUUGCAUUAUUUGCUUUGUUUCUACCUUUGUGUUGGCGUAUUGGUGCAUUUCCUGUACUCUCUUCUAUUCAAAACGAAUUUUAAAUAAAAACAGAAAAGUAAUUGCAAGUAUGAUAAGUUUAUUAGUGCAUUUAUGAUAAAAUAUGGAUUUUCUUAAACAUUAUGUACACAGAAAAAAAAACACGCUUUCUUAUCACAUAUGCAAAUCUUCUUUCACUCCACAUACAUAUUUACAAUCAAUAACAAUUUAGAACUGAGGUAAAAUAUGAGGUAUAAAUAGGUAUAACAUUAAAUACAUUGAUUCCCAAAUUGCACAGUACUAUAGCAUCGUACAACAG